GUUUACUAUCAAAGAAACUCACUUUAGAUGCCACAAAAAAAAUUCACUUUAAUAUUUCGAAUUUCAUUUCAAUAGCCUUUAACCUUUAUCAUGAAUCAUGAUGAUCGACGCCCACAUUUUUUUCAUUUCAUCUACUCCAGGCUCCAGCCUUCUUCAUCACAGCUGCAUUCAUACUCUGAAAAUUAAUUUUUGGUAUUCUGAGAAGAUCAUCGAGUACGAGAGAUUAAUUUUCGGUUUGUGUGAAUGAUGAAUCAAAACUCUGCAAUUUGGGAGAAAAUGAGAAAUCGUUGCUUAAAAUCUCGUGUAUUGACGCCUUCUUCAGGAUGAAAGGGAUGGAGGAUCUGAACAUGCUAAUGAUGCCAUAUCCAGUCAACUGGUUGAAAUUGAUGGUGGUCUUCAGUUAAAUGAGGAUGCCAUAUGCUCAAGGUCUAGCGAUGGAGGGUUUGAGCACCAUACGCAAACAGCACCAGAAGAAGAGAUCAAAAUUGGAAGUGGUGCAGAGUUACAUCAUGAGGGCGGAAGCACAUGUAACUGUGAUGAAGGAGGGCCUAUGUCUGAUAAUAAAAGCACGUUCAUACAUAGGGUCAAAAUUGGAAGUUGUGCAGAGUUACAUCAUGAGGGCGGAAGCACUUGUAACUGUGAUGAAGGAGGGCCUAUGUGUGAUAAUAAAAGCACAUCAGACAUUGGGUCAAAACUGAAGGUGGAGCUGAGUUUAAUGACGAGGCUGGGGGGAUCGAUAAAGAGAGUAGUAGCUCAAUGUCUUUUGCUCAAACCCUCCACUUUUGAAUAGUUAUUAAAGACUGAGAAUGGAAAGGAUCAAGCUCGAAUUGUAGAUGUAAUGCGUGCUCUUUUUGGGGAUUCAGAUGAGGAACCAGGACAAUAUGAAGCUGAGUAUGGCACUGAUCAAGGGAAAAACAAUUCCAUAUCUCCUGAACAGAAAUUAAGUUAUGAGGGAGAUCUGAAGUCUGAAGGUACUGUAUCAAGUGAACAUACACAAUUUGGACCCGAAGAAGAAGAAGAAAAGGCCGAGGAUAAACUAGAGGGGGAGUCAAAGGAUAAACUGGAGGAGCAGUCAAUCGGUAGGUUGCUGGUGGUGGAGUUUCCAAACCGCACUCCACUUGCUGACCCAUCUCAGAUGGCAACAACUGAACUCUCAAACAUAAUAGCAUUUGAUAGUAAGCCAUUUGACCCAACAACAUACUCGGGGGAAGAUAUUUAUAUAACAGACGCUUCCGGAUCUGAAAGGGUUAUCCCAUCAACCAAUAUCGUUCAAUGGAGAAAUGUCGUAAACAUUGAUGGAACAAUCUCUGUUGAAAGCAAUGCACGCAUUGUGAAUUGGUCGGAUGGGAGCUUCCAGUUGUUAAUUGGGAAUAAAGCAUUUGAUGUCGCGGAGGAAGUCGCAAACAAGAUCCUAUCACAUUCUACUUCUGGAAUGAGGGCAUCUACCGGUCUCUAGUGAGCUUCUCUAAAUCGGAAAAGGUUGCUACAUCCUCCGUAGUUUCUGAUCCCGAUAGUUCGACUGUUCAUGGUGAUAGGGAGACCACACCUAUGCCUGAAACAGAGCAGUUUCAGCAGGAUGAUCAAAAAGCAACUGAAGACAAUCGCUCACUUAACCAGAAGAGUAAUGACAAGGAAAUGACACCCAAUCACAACCACCUUGAGGACGAAUCUGAUGAGCACAUGUUUCCCAGUGAAGCAGACGACGUAAAUCGUGAGAGGCAGAAAGAUCGUCAAACUAAGAAGCGUAGGCCAAGACGCGGAUAAAGCUGAGGGGAGUUGGAACUUGAACAUGAAAGGGGUUUGAUGAGUUGCUGAGUUAAGGAACAAAUCUCAUAAUAAAUUAGUUGGCUUCAGUUGCUUCUAAAACUUUAGUUUGGAUGAUUUUUCUGUUGCAUAAGAGCGUCUGAUAAAUUGAUGACUCAUGUUUUAGAAAAAACAAACCUAUUUAUAUAUUUCUGUCUUAAGAUGU